CGCAUGUUUCAUCUUUCUUUCAAAACAUUUUGAAAAGAACCAGGAAGGCACAUAAUAUAUUUGGCGAAUUUGAAAUUCAUUCAUCAACAUGAGUGAUAAAAUUAUUUUAUACUGGACAUCUGUAACCAGCAGUUUAGAAGUAAGUUUAUAUAUUUUUGUUUAGGACAUAAUAGUGUCAUAUUUCAGCCUCAAUUGCAAAGCCUCUUUAAAUAAAUAUAGGUAUUUUAAUGUCAGCUUUUUAAACAGUUUGGUAACUUUUUUAAUGUAAUACAGGAAUGCUUACUUCCAUAGUGUAACGGGUGUUUUACAACAUAUAACAAAGUUUCUUGGGCAACCAGUUAAGAUGAUUUUUUGUGCAUAUUUUGUAUAAAGUUUUAAGAUGGGUGUGUCGUGCUAUUUAUGUAAUUUAAUAUGCAUUGGUAUUUCACUAGAAACGGGUGUAUUUAUAUCAAUUGUUAAUUAAGAGGAAGGUUUAUAUUAUCAAUAUGUCAGCUAAUUGGAACUGUCAUGAAAAUGAUUGAUUUUAUAUGCAAUUACUUUUGAGAUAAAGUUGAUUAUUGUUAAUAUUUAAAAUGGCAACAAAUGCAUAAAAUAGUUUAUGUUCAUCAUACUUGAACAUAUAUGGUAAUAUUGAUACAAGAAAGUACAAAACUUGCAAAGCCUACAUAACAUAAAGUAUGGUGAAGUUUGCCUUCUGAUUAUGAUCAUGUGAAUGACAUUAGGGGUCAAUGUCGUCAAGAUAAGAGUGUUAACACUCAAUGGGUCAACCCUCAUUCAAAGGCAAUAAAAACCAACAUAAAAUGAUUAUGUUUUGUGCCUUGCUUAUGUGAUGGGCAACCACCUCACACAAUAUGGUUGAUAGCAAUAUUUUUUUAAACAUUUUUUACAAUACCAGAAAUCUCAACAACUUAACAAAGCCCGUCUAAUUCGAUCACAAGCACUGAAUUUUAUAAUAAUACACAACAAUUGAUUACAUUGGCCGGCUUUAUUCAGUUGUUGACACUUCUGGUAUUGAACUUGUGACCGUGCCUAAAUGUCAAAAACAACUAUUGCUAUCAACCUGCUAUUUUUAUUGUUUUAUUGUGAAGAUUAAAAAAGAACAGCAAAGAAUUGAAAUGGUCUUGUCUGGCAAGAAGAUUGAAUAUGAAAAAGUGGACAUUUCAUUAGUCGAAGGUGCGAAGGAAAAAAUGCGAGAAAUUUGUGGAGAAGGAACACUUCCUCCACAAUUGUGCAAGGGUGACACAUAUCUUGGGGUGAGUUUAAGAAUGCUACUAUGUUAUUUGUUUUCACUUUUGCUGUUUGUCAUUCAAAAACAAAAACAACAUCAGGGCAUUCCGAGACUGCAUGAUGGUGUAUCUCUGCCAACAAAAGUUAAUAAGCAAGUGCCCAUUACCAAAUUCUAUGCUUGCUGAACUCAGAUUUGUGUGAUUUUCAACGGGACUGUAGUUAAUUGAAUACAAGUUCUUUUCCAUAAAAACUGGAGGCCUGAGUAAUGUUUCCUACAACCCAAAUUGAUCUUCUAAUUUCUGAGGCCUAAUUUCUCAAAAACAUUUCCCCGAACCACAUCCUAGUUCAGUGUAUGUGGAGGUUCAUCAACCCUUGGUCAUGCUUUGGGAUGCAAUCCUUGACAAGUGUAUAAUAACUAGGAGCUAUGUAAAGCAGUGUACUGUAGUAGGGGCUAAACACUGGCCCUGGCAGGGUUCCACCAAAAACAUUCAAUUACAGUACACAAGGUCUAUAAAGCUAUUAGUGUACCAUAAUUGAAGUUUUUGAGUGAAUGAAGAAAGAGUCCCUAUCCUUGUAUCACUGAUCUAUAGAUAUUAAGUGUUAUGUACCCUUCCAGAGCGUUCAACACACUUGGUGUUAAAAGCCAAUGAAGGAUCAUUACCCCACACCACGAUAAAAACUUAUUUCCGAGGUUUGCAACCAACAUUGUGAUUGGACAACUUUAUGUUUUGUUCUUGUUUGAUCGCGUGGCAAGAUCGUUGGAUCGCAGGAUAUGCAAAAUUACCUUAAAAUUAACGAAGUAAACAUUUCUUUAAAUUAUGUUCUGAAAUGUUUACUUCGUUAAUUUUAAGGUAAUUUUGCAUAUCCUGCGAUCCAACGAUCUUGCCACGCGAUCAAACAAGAACAAAACAUAGAGUUGUCCAAUCACAAUGUUGGUUGCAAACCUCGGAAAUAAGUUUUUAUCGUGGUGUGGGGUAAUGAUCCUUCAUUGGCUUUUAACACCAAGUGUGUUGAACACUCUGGAAGGGUACAUAACACUUAAUAUCUAUAGAUCAGUGAUACAAGGAUAGGGACUCUUUCUUCAUUCACUCAAAAACUUCAAUUAUGAUACACUAAUAGCUUUAUAGACCUUGUGUACUGUAAUUGAAUGUUUUUGGUGGAACAAUGAUGAACAAUGUAUAUGGUGGAACAAUGUGAUUGGACAACUUUGCAUUUUGCAACGGUCAUUUUCUCUUUGGGGGGGUGAAUAGGUUUUCAGAUUGUCGGAUUUCACAGAAGAAAUUGUUCGGAAUUUGGAUCUGGCAAAUAUUUUACACAGAUUUGCGGAUCUUAUUAAUACAGCGGAUUGCGGAUUUAUCUAAUAUUUUGACUCGGAUUGUGGAUUUAGCUUGCACUUUAGUUUGGAUCCUGGAUUGUGACUUCAUAGUAGAACUUUUAGUGGAUUCAAAUUUAGACAAAACCAUUGUCGGAUCACAGAUUUUGCUUCAAAUUUGGGGGUGGAUUUGUAUACCCCUAUUUGGGUACCCCCCCCCCUCUCUCUUUUGUGUUGAGUCAUAACAAUUAAUAACAAACCAAAAUAAAGUCACAAGGACAAAUAUUUUGCCCAUUGUUUGACAAAUUAAAGGUAUUUUUGAACAUUGUGUAUAUACAUUAUAAUCAUACAAUAAGACAAAAACUGAAAUAUAUUUACAAAGAUGACAUUAAACAUGCAAUGAUGUUAAUAAUUAAUAUACCCAAAAAUUAUUUCAAUAUUUACCUAAAAAAUUAUACACCAAUCAACAUUGUGAUAUUAUUUUCCUAAUAUAUUUAUCUCAAUUUUAGAACUAUGCUCAGUUUGAUGCAGCAAUUGAAAAUGAAGAACUCGACAAGUUUCUUAAACUUUAAAUUUAGUAAAAUCAAUGUUGUCUAUUGAAUUGUCUACUGUCAAUAGUACUUUAUGAGAUGACAUCUUUCACAAUAAUGGCAAUAUAGAGUCCUAAUGUAAUUGUAAAGUAUUUACACACUUACAGAAUGCUUUCUGCUAUAAUUAGAUACAUAUAGUAAGAAUAAAGCAAUCAACUUAGAUUUUGUAGUAAAUUAAAUAAUCAAUUGUCUUAAAAUCAAAUGUGAUGUAGCUCCAUAGAUAGCCCUAUCAGUUCUAAACUGUAUGCCAUUGAGGUCCAGUAAGAAUUAUCUCUUAUUGCUCCAAUGUUACUAAUAUACUCUAGAUCAAUUCUGUUCAAACCAUUCUUUCAACAGGUACAGUGAGGCCAUCCAUAGUGGUCCAGUGUUACUACAGGAGGAAAUAAGAGAACCCAGAACUCUAACAACCACAAGCAACUAUGUCACAAUACUCUAAGAUACUAGACAUUACAUAUGUGAUAUCAAAUGUUGUUUGUAAUUGCUUAAUGCUCAGGUCCAGAGCUGUCAGGAAGUUCGUCCAUUGGUUCAAACGUACCAAAUGUGGACAGACUAUUGGGUUCACCAGAAGCAUCGCUAAAUAUAGCACUUUCUGAGGUUUUAUAGGACCUGGGAGCAGUUGCCAUUCUUUGUAAUUGACCAGCACUUGCCGAGUUAACAAUUUGCCGGGAUAGCCCUUCCUGGAUACCUGGGUUAACCACGGGGUUAACCAAUACAGUAUUGUUGGGUUUUUGGGAAGCCAAAUUCCCCCGGAUGCAGAAGCCGAUGACAAGCAGAAGUGCCAAAAUCUCUAAUGUGAUAAUGAACACCUUUAUCGAAUCGCUGAUAUGCUGUACAUCAUUCCUGAACACAAUUGUGGCAAUUAUAGCAAUAAGUAGCAAUACUAUUAUUGGUGUAUAACACGAAGGCACGCGCCGACAUACGCAGUUCAAAUACCCACAAUCGAUUUUACAUACGCCCGUUUCAUCGUAUAACACAGGACUUCCGCUUUUAUUAACCAAAGGAAUUUGUUCCCAAGAUUCGCUGAAAUCGUCGAGAACUAAGCGAACAUCAUCGGUUUGGAAUUCCUUUUUGAUGUAGUUAUCCACUACUCGAACUAAAUCUUUCCUGCGCGGUCUUAACUUUCGAAUUAAAUUGCGAAGAUUUCCAAUUUUUUCACGACUGAUAUAAUCCUGCGUAAUCAUGUAGUCGAACAACGCAAGUCCGUCGUUCAUAUUUCUCCUUAUUCCCCCUGGCACGUUGUAAAUAUGAAUAAGACUUCGUAGGUUAUCGUCUGUUAGUUGGUGGCUAAUUUCGUUCAACAAUAGUCGAAAAGAAUCCAUUCUUUGAACUUGCUCGCCCGUUGCUUGUGCUGCCAAGGUCGAGUGCCUGAACGCAACUGAACCAGUGUACCAAUGCUUUGUUUUUAUAAUUUCUAAGAAUAAUUUGGGAAAUUCCCUCACAACCUUCUUCGCAGAAUCCACUUAAACUAAUAAUAGCCAAUGAUCUUCCUCAUUUUAUUCACAUGAUGCGCACCUGACCUUGUUUCGUAUUCUUUUCAUUCUUUUAUAUUUUUCAUGUUUAUUUCUUUUGGGUAUAUUAUUCAACGAGUAUUUUGAGUUAGAUUAAAU